GCUCGGGCGGGCGGGAGCGGCCGGGAGCGGCCGGGGGAGGGAGGCUCCUAGCGGUCAGCCUUUGUUGCACCGUGACCCGCCCUGACAGCAGGUGUGUGAGGAGAACUCGGGGGACCCUGGAAUCCGGGAUGGAGUCUGUGACCUUUGAGGAUGUAGCUGUGAACUUUACCCAAGAGGAGUGGGCUUUGCUGGAUCCUUCUCAGAAGAAUCUCUACAGAGAUGUAAUGCUGGAAACCUUCAGCAACCUCGCUUCUAUAGGGAACAGAUGGAGAGAGCAGAACAUGAAAGAUCAGCAUACAAACCCUGGGAGAAGUCUAAGCCACACCAUCUCUCACUCUGGAUAUAAACCAUAUGUGCAUGAAGAAUAUGGACAGAAGCUGUAUAAGUGUGAACAAGAGUACAUCAACAGACUCACAGUGUGAAGCUUCACAAUAUAGAAAAUCCCUAUGACUGCAAGCAAAGUGCAGACACCUUUGUUUGUUGUAGUUCUUUUCAAAUACAUGGAAGAAUUUACAC